AUGAAGAGUCAAUAUCAAAGCAUAAAUACAGAUCAACAAAGAUUACCAGAUGAAGAUACUCGUUUAGUGCCUUCAAAUACCCCACUAGAAAGCCAUAGCAAAAAAUAUCAAGCAUUACAUAUAUUUCAAUUAUUACCAUCAAUUUUACUUGGAUCUAUAAUAUGGUUUGGAGUCACUCCUACAGAAGAACUCACAGUGACAUCCAUACGAUUACUGGCGGUAUUUAUCAGUUGCAUUGUUGCCCUGAUUACUACGUCAGUUGAUAUAUCAGUACUUGUCUUGACCGCACUCGCCUUAUUAUCGCUCACCCAUUCUUUCCAAUGUGAAGAUCAUGCCACGGGUUCAAGCAUUGAAUGUCGUCUCUGUGGUGAAAUGGACCCCUUAACAGGAGAUCUAUAUGACUGUAAGGGAGGAAAAGAAGCCUUUCAUCAUUCACUUGAGGGAUUUUCGAGUUCGGUCGUUUGGUUGAUCUUUGCUGCUUUCCAUUUGGGAAAGGCAGUUGAAGUGACUGGGCUUGGAAAACGCAUCUCCCUGUUCAUGAUCCGCUCAUUUGGUAACCGUAUCAUAGGAUUAGCUUAUGCUGUCUUGAUCUCAGAAUUGUUUUUGGCUCCCUUUGUGCCUAGUAAUACCGCUCGAGGAGGCGGUAUUGUCUUGCCUGUAGUUCAGUCCAUUGCUACCAGUCUUGGUUCUCUGCCUUCUCAGAAUCCAAAAAUAGGUGGGUUCUUGAUGCUUGUAGGUGCCCAUGCAAACCUUUUAUCGGCUUCCAUGUAUUUAACAGGCAUGGCACCUAACCCUAUUGUCUUGGCAAAAGCAAACUUGUUAUACCCUGAAUUACAGUUUAAUUUUAUGACUUGGAUCACUGGAAGUUGUGUUCCUGCAUUAGUGUGUGCUGCUCUUUUACCUUUAUUGUUGGCUUGGUCCUGUGGCAUAUUUAAACAAAAGGCGCAAGAGGAAGAAGAAGGACAACAAAUGAAAAUCAAUGGGGAAGAUGUGAUCAAUCAUGCUAGUAAACAACUUGCCGAGAUGGGCUCCAUGUCUCAUAAGGAAUUGCAACUCUGCAUGGUUCUUUUCGCUUGUUUGAUUUUAUGGAUCACUUCUGGCUAUACAUUCAUUGACGCUACACUGGUUGCUUUGAUUGGUAUUGUUGCUUUAUUACAUAUGGGGACCAUCUGUUGGAAAGAUGUUUCCAAUAACACAAAUGCUUGGGAAACACUGUUCUGGUUAGGAGGUUUUGUUACGAUGGCAAACCAACUGUCUGAGUCAGGUGCAUCUCAAUUCUUGGGUCAUCAAAUUUCCUCGGCCAUCACCCACCUCAAACUACCACCUGUGCCUGCGUUAAGCAUUGCCUAUUUCCUCACGACAUUCAUGUUCUCCUCUCUCAGUGCACAUACAGUUGCGUUUGUUGCUACCUUCUUGGAUGCCAGUCAUGCAUUAGGCGCAAACCCAAUGAUAAUGACAUGCUUAUUAGCUUAUUUUGGUGCACUUGGUGGCUGUAUGACCAAUUUCUCUACUGGAAGUUCAGCCAUGUAUUUUGCUCCUGGUUAUGUCAAGCGUUCUACUUGGUUUAUCGUGGGAUUUCAACUGACUUUAUUCUAUCUCGUCAUCUACUUUACUGUGGGUAUGGGAUGGUGGAAAGUAUUAGGUUGGACUUAA